AUGGGAACUUUUGCGGGCCAUGCUUUGCCAGGCAGUUUUUUCAUUUUUUUCGGUCUGUGGGCCGCCUAUCACGCAUUGAAAAGGUUCUAUCAACAACGUCAGGCUACACUGCGAGGAGAGCGGGUUGAGGAAUAUGUGAAUCGUAUCUCAUUUCCAUUCAAAACAGCUGACGGCAGUUGUUGUCGUGGUCGCCAAAUUCCGUUGGACUCUUAUCUGAAAGCCAUCUGUUGCAUUGUGGGUAUUACCGGUGAGGUCUAUACCGGGUUCAAUUCGGACUGGAAAUUCGUGCACAUUGGAAAUGCUCAGCACUCGACAAUGUUUGCCACAUUUGGGUUGAGCGGCAUCAUGGAGUUGCUGAUGUUUUACGGCGUACUCAAGGUGCCUAUUCAAACAGAAUUUGUUUUCGGUUUGGUUGCCCUGUUGGCCGAGGCAUUCCUGUUCUUCUUUCAUCUACAUGGUCGGACCCCGGUCGAUGUGUAUGUCCAUAUGCUCCUGGCUGGCAUGAUUCUGGUCUCCAUCCUAGCCGGUGUGGGUGAGGUGCUUCAACCACGUCAGCUUGUGUGGCUCUUGGUUCGAAAUUUGGGCAUCUUGGUUCAAGGAACUUGGUUCUGGCAGGUCGGUGCUGUGCUUUAUCCCGCGGCAUGGUGGAUGCCCACAUGGAAUGAGUUGGCCAAAGAAAGUGUACCUCGGGCAGCUAAUCUAUUCUGUUAUCACAUCUUGAUCGAUUUUAUGGCUAUGAUCGUGAUCGCGUGCUCUUUGAAUGCACUUUACGGUCAGUCCCGGGGACGUUUUCCCGCGGUUCGCAUCCCUAUGCCCGCAGUUGGACAGCAGCACUCCUCGGACGCGCACAUGAUCGAUCCGAACGAGGAGCAUGAGAUGUGGCGAAGUUCAACCAUGGUGGAAACCAAUGCGGAGUAA